CGGCCCCGUCCUUCCUCCCUGCCUCCCCGCUGCCGCAGCCGACCCCAGGGCUGGGCUGCUCGGGGCGGCGGGCGCGGCGGGACCCCGGCUGCCGGGGCGGCGGCGGGAGGGCUCGAUCUGUCCCAGCAGACACGGUGAGGACGUGUCCCAUCUGGCCGGAGCUGCUUGUGGUGACCCAGCUACUGGGACAGAAGCAACGCAUCGACCGCAGCACGGGGGAGGCUGUGGGGGCUAACAUGGCCAGUGUCAUCCUGGAGAGCAUCUUCUUGAAGCGCUCGCAGCAAAAGAAGAAAACAUCUCCUCUCAACUUCAAGAAGCGCCUGUUCCUGUUGACAGAGAGCAAGCUGUCCUACUAUGAGUAUGACUUUGAGCGGGGGCGCCGGGGUAGUAAGAAGGGCUCAGUGGACAUAGAAAAGAUCACCUGUGUGGAGACAGUGGUGCCUGAACACAACCCUCCUCCUGAGCGGCAGGUCCUGAGGAAAGGAGAGGACUGCAACAAUAUGGAGCAGAUCUCAAUCAUUGAACGGUUCCCCUACCCCUUCCAGGUGGUGUAUGACGAAGGGCCCCUCUACGUCUUCUCCCCGACGGAGGAGCUGCGCAAACGCUGGAUCCAUCAGCUGAAGAGUGUGAUCCGGUACAACAGCGACCUGGUACAGAAGUAUCACCCCUGCUUCUGGAUCGAUGGCCAGUACCUGUGCUGCUCUCAGACAGCCAAGAACGCCAUGGGCUGCCAGAUCCUCGAGAGCAGGAAUGGCAGUUUAAAAGCUGGGCGGUCGCAUCGCAAGACAAAGAAGCCUCUUCCCCCCACUCCUGAGGAGGAUCAGAUGGUGAUGAAGCCCCUGCCCCCUGAACCAGCCCCCAGCACAGCAAGUGAGAUGAAGAAGGUGGUGGCCCUCUACGACUACCUGCCAAUGAACGCACAGGACCUGCAGCUGCAGAAGGGUGAGGAGUACUUCAUCCUGGAGGAAAGCCACCUGCCCUGGUGGAAAGCCCGUGACAAGAAUGGGCGGGAAGGAUACAUCCCCAGCAACUAUGUCACUGAAACCAGCAAUUCCCUGGAGAUCUUUGAGUGGUACUCGAAGAAUAUCACUCGGAGCCAAGCAGAGCAACUGCUGAAACAGGAGGGCAAAGAAGGGGGUUUCAUUGUCCGGGACUCCACCAGCAAGACAGGAAAAUACACUGUCUCUGUCUAUGCUAAGUCCUCUGUAGACACCCAAGGCACCAUCCGCCACUACGUUGUGUGCUGCACCCCCCAGAACCAGUAUUACCUGGCAGAAAAGCACCUCUUCAACACCAUCCCAGAGCUCAUCACCUACCAUCAGCACAACUCUGCUGGGCUUAUAUCCAGACUGAAGUACCCUGUGUCUCAACACAAGAAAAGUGCUCCCUCCACAGCUGGCCUUGGCUAUGGGUCGUGGGAGAUUGACCCAAAGGAUCUAACCUUCCUGAAGGAACUGGGGACGGGGCAGUUUGGCGUGGUGAAGUAUGGGAAAUGGAGAGGCCAGUACAACGUGGCCAUCAAGAUGAUCAGGGAGGGCUCCAUGUCAGAGGAUGAGUUUAUCGAUGAAGCCAAAGUCAUGAUGAACCUGUCUCAUGAGAAGCUGGUGCAGCUCUAUGGGGUCUGCACCAAGCAGCGUCCCAUCUUCAUCAUCACUGAGUACAUGGCCAAUGGCUGCCUCCUGAACUUCCUGAGGGAACCUCGGCGGCGGUUCCAGCCUGCUGAGCUGCUGGAGAUGUGCAAGGAUGUUUGUGAAGCUAUGGAAUACCUGGAAUCCAAGCAGUUCCUGCACAGAGACCUGGCUGCUCGCAACUGCUUGGUGAAUGAACAAGGAAUAGUCAAAGUAUCAGAUUUUGGCCUUUCCAGGUACGUUCUAGAUGAUGAGUAUACGAGCUCUUUGGGCUCCAAGUUCCCAGUGAGGUGGUCUCCCCCUGAAGUGCUUCUGUACAGCAAGUUCAGCAGCAAGUCUGAUGUCUGGGCUUUUGGCGUUCUGAUGUGGGAAGUUUACUCUCUGGGAAAAAUGCCUUACGAGCGGUUUAAUAACAGUGAGACAACGGAGCACGUCAUCCAGGGCCUGCGGCUCUACCGCCCACAGCAGGCCUCGGAGCGGGUCUACGCCAUCAUGUACAGCUGCUGGCAUGAGAAGGCUGAGGAGCGCCCCAGCUUCACCGCGCUGCUGGGCAGCAUCCUGGACAUCACGGAUGACGAGCCCUGACCCCGCGCUGGGCCCGCCCGGCCCGCUCACCCUGCCUGGCGCUGGCGGCUGGUUCGACGGGGCUGGUUCGACGGGGCUGGUGCUGCCUGCCCGCCCGCCCGCCGGGACGGACCUGCGCACCGGACGGGACCUGCGCACCGGACGGGACCGCAGCACCGCUGUGGCGGACACGGCGCGGCCCCCCGACCCCCGGCAAGCUGGAGCCGCAGGGACCCUCACGCCCACCACCCAUCAGCGGCAGGGCCGUGACAGCCACGGACAGAGGCGGGGCCCGCGGUGGCCCCGGUGCCGGCAGCCCCGCGGGGCCGGGCACAAUAAAGGGCAGCG